GAAUGUUGGCCUCACUGACUUAUACUUUCCAGAUGGUAUUAUACAAUGGAAUAGUGUUGUAUGCACCAGCAAUUGUCCUAGAAUCAGUGACUGGACUGGACCGAUUCAUUUCUAUUCUAGUUGUUGGAUUAGUUUGUACAUUCUAUUCGACUCUGGGUGGAAUGAAAGCAGUAUUAUUUACAGAUCUCCUUCAAUCUUUACUUAUGUUUGUUGCUGUGUUUAGUGUUGUUGUAUUUAGCGCGAUGCAAGUUGGAGGUUUCGGUCAAAUAUUUGUGCUUGCUGCCGAAGGCGGACGAUUGGAUAUGUUUAAUUUCAGUAUUGAUCCAACAGAACGGAACACUUGGUGGUCCCUUAUGUUUGGCGGUUUAAUAACCUACCUAUCUUUAAACGCCGUAAAUCAUACGCAGGUACAACGAUUGCUAACAGUGAGCACAUUGGACCGUUCCCGACAAUGUCUGUGGUGGAGUUUGCCCGUACUCUCUGUGCUCAGUAUUAUCACGUGCAUCAGUGGCAUCGGGAUAUACGCCGCUUUCAAGGACUGCGAUCCGCUCACAUACCGUGGAAUUACAUCGAUGGAUCAAUUAAUGCCCUAUUACGUGGUAAGUGCUAUGAGGUCGGCGCCGGGGCUUCCAGGGUUAUUUGUAGCUGGAAUUUUCAGUGCUUCGUUGUCCACUGUAUCGGCUUCUUGCAACGCGUUAGCCGCCGUCACGCUUACUGACUACCUCAGCAGAUGGUGUGCCAUACCCUCCUCGUAUAUAUCAUGGUUGACGAAGCUAGCCGCUUGCGCCUAUGGUUUAAUAUUUCUGGCUCUCGCCUUUAUGGCUGAAUAUUUGGGAGGAGUGCUUCAAGCCGCUUUGACGAUAUUCGGUGCAGUCGGAGGCCCACUAUUCGGGGUGUUCACACUUGGAAUGUUUACGACUUUCGCCAAUGAAAGGGGUACUUCCAUUGCUCUUUUGAGUGGCAUGGCGUUAACUUUGUGGAUCAGUUUUGGUGGGCCUCGUCCGCCUCCUGUCAAGUUACCUCUGAGCUUGGAAGCUUGUCCAUUUAAUGUCACUGCCCCAGUGCCGGCAGCAUUAAAACUGUUGACUACUUCUAUCCAUACAGAAUAUCGUACUUGUGGACUAGCCCG